AUGUCAUCCGACAGAAGCGUGAUUCUGCGGAAUGCAGGCUGGGAUGCGCAGACUACUGCGGCCGGAUACUUUAAUUUCUGUGUACCGCUCUACGUACUGCUGGGAUUUUGCGAAGAUUACAGACGUGUGGUGAUCAACGUUCAUCACGAAUUGAUUUUAAUACGGGUGCGCAACGACAAUAAUUGUCUGACGGGAGAUUCGGCGACAGAGCCGACGCUCGAAUUAUUCAAAGUACAGUGGCGAAUGCCGCACGUGUUAUUGAGCGAGAUAAAUAAGCUGUCGAUGCUGCGCGCUUUGGAGAGCGGACGAUAUCUGAGUAUGGCUUUUCGUUCUUGGGAUCUGUACGAGUUUCCGCUCUUGCAGAGCACAAUCAAGCAUUCGUGGACCAUCAAGACGGCUAGUCAGUUCGAGAAGCCGCGCUACGUCAUUUUCGCUAUGCAAACAGGUCGAAAAAAUAUCAUGUCUGAGGAUGUAAGUCGAUUCGACCACUGCAAGUUAACCAAUGCUAAACUCUACUUGAAUACGGAAUGUUAUCCAUAUGAUGAUUUGAAUCUAGAUAAAAACAGAUGUGCGAUUCUGUACGACUUGUACGCGCGUUUCUGCAAGGGUUACUAUGGAUCAAGUAUCUCGAGCCGAGUCUUACCUUUACAACUUUUUUACGUAAUAGCCGGUUCGUGA